CAUCAAAUUGAUUUUUUUUUAUUAAAAUAGUAAAUCUAACACAUUCGUAUCAGAGUAAGAAACAUUCUUAAUAUAAAAUAUCCAGAAAAUAUCUAGAUAGAUCUAGUGUGUAAAAUUAAACUGUUUUCAGUACUGAAAGACAAUUUCACAAGUUAAAUGUUUCGCAGUGGCGGUAAAGUUAGCUAUCUAUUGAUUCAAUUAUUUGUUUUUAAAGCAAAAAUUAGAAUUAAUUAAAGAUCUUAAAAAGUAUAUGCGCAGAAAUGAAACACAAUAAAAUUUUCCUAGUAGGGGGAAUAGUUUUUGCGUCGGAAAUCAUUUGGUAUUUAUACAAAAAAGUUCAUAACCUAUGGAUUAAGUCUACAAACACUUGCAAAGAUUUGAAAACAAACAUUUAUGAAUCGAAACAAGACAUUUCAGAGGUGAUGUUUUUUACAAAAGAAUCUAGUUUUUGUCGAACACACUUAACUAAUAAAGAGAUUUGUCUCAAAGACACUUGUUCUGUUCAAUAUUUGAGAAAGUUGGAAAAUUAUAUAAACCGAGCAAAAAAAAGUUUAGAUAUUUGUAUGUACAUGUUAACUUGUCAAUUGUUAUCAAAUGCAAUCGUAAACGCACAUAAACGGGGAGUACUUGUUCGAAUAAUAAUGGAUCGAAGUAUGGCUUGCAAUGAAGCCGCGCAAACGGCUUUAUUUUAUAGGAAUGGGGUCACAAUUAGAUUAGAAUAUUACGUUGGUUUAAUGCAUCAUAAAUUCGCGAUUGUGGAUAAUGAUAUAUUAAUCACUGGUAGUACGAAUUGGACAAUGUCUGCUUUUUUUGGAAAUUUCGAUCAUAUAAUAGUGACUAAUCAACAUUCGUUAGUGAAGCCAUUCGUCGAUGAAUUCGACAGGCUAUGGAAAACAUCUCCAAACUCGGAAGAAAAUACAGAAUGUUCAGCGCAGUUUUCAGUAAAAUAACAACUUGUAAUUUGAAACUUCUCGAACAGCGCAAAUUUUGAUGCGAACGAACGGUCGAAUUCUCGCGGGGAGACUAAGUGGAAGAGAAUAAGUAAUUCUGGGGGGAUAUGGAAACAGGUACGGAUGGAAAAAAAGAGAAUAAUUGGACGACGAGGAUAUCGCCUCGAGCGAGUGUGGUAGCCGCUUGGCUCAUCAAAAUAAAACGUGGAUUUUACACGUUGCGGGACCGGUGUCGCCACGUAUAUCCUAUAUCUACAUAUGUGUAUAUUUACAUACGUAUAAAAGUACGGUCGUGGAUAGGAGAACAGUCGAGCGUGGUUAUUCGAGCAAACAUGAUCGAGUUACAGAUCGUCACGUUGUUUAUCGUUGGAACUUUAGCGGCUCCUGGAACACUUCGAGCGACUGGUGGAACGUCUGGAAUCGGUUUUGCUGAUCGAGAUAUAAUAACGAAAGAGACGGAAAUGAUCUCGUUGCCGUUGCCAG